AUGGAAUUGAGUGGCCAAUCUUUUAGUUCAGAGCUGCCAUCCUAUGAAUGUCAACCUGUGAGCGUGCGAGAGGGAACGGCGGGGCUAGGGCCUCAGCUACAGUUGUUAGAUGUUGCUAUUGUAGCGGGCUCGUCCUCGUUUGCUAAAGGCAUAGUAUCGGUUAGUCCGCUAACCGAUGUUUAUGCUGGCUACCUCUCAAUCAGCUUGAUGUGUUCAGAGGAGGUUAUGCACAAAGGUAGCUUUGGCGUCGGUGGUAAUUUCAAAGCCAGAGAAUUUACAUGUUCCCGCACGUCCAUGUCCAUUUGCCAAAAUCUGAAAAAAGGUUUUGUAUACGAGUACGAAUUUUCAUUUCGGUGUUUCUCUGACGAAAAGCCAGAGUGUUCGAAAUGUCGGACAAAGUACUGUUACGCUCAUACUGCAACCCCUCCAUCCGUAGGCAGUGCAUCGCCUGUGUCGGAAUCAUUUUAUGACGUUGCAGUGAGAUACUUUCUGGAGGCCCGGAUUGACACCUGCAAGCUAAGGGCCCGAAAAUUUGUUUACCAUUUGCCGGAGACCACCUCCUUCGAUUUGAAUGUAUUUAGCGAUGCGAAUGGGCCGCUCAACAGGUUGUACGAAGUGGGUACUGCACUCAAAACCGGUUUUAUGAGAAAGAAUUACAAGGGAACGUUGGCCCUGCAAAUGUAUCCGGUCUACCAUUUCAACAAGCUGGAUUCAUCUGAAACUAUCACAGAAGGUGUCGCUAAUCUCAAAGUUGUGUACUUUCCUUUAGGAGGCUUGGUACCUCAUCCCAAACUUUCUGCUACUUACAGUAUUCGGCGAGUUGUUAUUGCCGCGACAGGAGGAAUGAAGUUCAGAAUUGAUAAUGAAGGGUAUAGCACGAAACGAAUUCCUAUUGCGCAUGGAAAACUAGAUCUCAGUGAGGCGACUUGGGAAGACAAUACGUUGAAUGUAUCUGCCAAGUAUGGCAUCCAAAGGCUACUUGCCUCAUCUCUUUCUUAUGCUUCCUGCUUGUCCUAUGGCAGUUAUGAAUUUACCGUUACGGUCAAACACCCAAGUGGUGAAGUGAGCUUGACUGUUCCGUUAGUGCUUCAAGCUACGCGUCCACCUUCAUAUUCCUAA